UGUAAUGUCACUAUGCUGGUAUAGGGGAACCACAUUAACCGCAGUUGUUUUUUACGUCACUUCACAGGCUGACAAGAGAUGGUCUAGCUUUUGAAGUUUUCAGUUAAGUCUGAAUGAGUCUACAGACAUGAAAACGACCGAUCGAUUUUCUUGAAUAUUCGUGAUGUAAAACAACAGGGGAAGAACUUGUGACAGAAAGAAACUGGAGAGAAUGACAAGAAGGAGGAAGCAGUGAGUUACACUCUGAAGUGAAAACAAUCCAUCUAAACCCCAGCUUUGGAAACAACCAUCCUGCUGGUUUGAGAUCUCUCAAAAAAGAAGAGUGAUGACACCAUAAAUGGAGAGAUAUAAGAAAACCCCUGUGCUGUUUCUUCUUCUGGCUCUGCUUUGUGACUGUGCUGCUGGAAACCCUCUGUGCUUCCAUAACAGUGUCUCAGAUCUCACCUGCUACACUGACUAUAAUUCUACUAUCACUUGUGUGUGGAACAGCACGUAUGUGUCUGAUCAGCCAGACAAUGUGUGCACAAUACAAUCCAAAGGGAGAAGUAAAUUUCAUAGCAGUUCAUGUAACCUGGAGCCUGCUGACGUCUCCAGACCAAUGCCAAAGAAGUGCGUCCUGAUUUACAAAAGAGAAGGCAAUUUUGUGACCAACCACCAGCUGUCUAUUCAUCUGAGCUGUAGCCCUGCAAAGCAGAUUUUGAGCAUUUCCUUCACGCCAGCUUGUCACAUAAAGCUGGAUCCUCCGCGACAACCAGAUAUCAUCUCUACCACCGUUUCCUGGUCAACCCGACUUACACCCAAACCGCAUGGAAGAAUCGAUUCCUACAGCUCCCAACUGCAGUGGAAACAAAAGGAUGUGUCAUGGAGUGAUCCCUCUGUGAAAAUAAUUGACACUCAAUGUGAAUAUAACUGCACAGCGGAGCUGGACCCUAAUCAGAUAAUACAAGCCGAGAGGUACCAGGCACGCACCCGAGUGAAGGCCAUUGCAGAGGAUACCGAAUCAAUGUGGAGUGACUGGAGCCCCACUACAUCAUGGGUGUCUCAGAUAGGAAGAACAAAACAACCCCCCCCACCAUCAGAUCCUACUGGGGGUGUUUUUUGCAUUGUUGCUGCGGCAACAGUGUUUGCAGUGUUUCUGGUUGUCAUUCACAUUAAGACAGACAAAACCACCUGGGUUUACAUUGCAAAGAGAAUCAAAGGUCCGCCCCUGCCGAACCCAGCAAACUCCUUCCUAAAUGAUGCAAAUUUCCAGAAUUGGUUGAGCCCUUACUUCACCAGUGAAUCCUUUCAAUCCUUCUUAAAACCGGUGGAUAUCGUCUCUGUCGAGGUAACCUCCACUGUGGAUGCUGUUGCACCCUGCGGGCCGGAGGCGGCACUGCUGGAGAAGAUGAGAAGUGAAAGCAGCCACACGUCGACCAGUUCCAACUUCACCAACCCCAGUUACUCCCAGCUGUGUCCUCCUCCUCCUCCUCCUCCUCCUGUUUCCUCGCUCACUGCGGGGAAUCUGGCGCCCUGCGCCACCGAUACACCUUAUGGACCCGUUGGUAGUCAAGGUGAAGGUAACAAUGCCGAACAGGAUAGGGAAGUGAGAGGGAAAGAAGUGGAGAUCCGCCAGUUGCUCUCCAAAGGCAGCAACAACAGUGAGCCUAUGCCGGUAAUUUCAGACUAUGAGAAGGCUGAGAAGCUCCAGGUCGAGUGCUUCAGGCUCCAGAGACUGGAUUCAGGCGUGUGCAGUGGCGAAGAGGUCAGUCAAGAGAGCUUCGAGGCAGAUAGCAUUAAUCUGACUGAUAGCCAUGAGGACGGGCCUGAAGGAGAGGAGCAGAUGGAGGGAGGGAAUGGCAAAGAAGUAGAUUUGCAGAAGUUGUUUGGAGGCAGCGUAGAUAUUUUAGGCAAAGGCUCCAUUCAGGUUUGUUCCGGUUACGAGCAAGUCCAGAAGCUGCCAGCUGACAGCCCUGAGCUCUGGAGCCUGGAUUCAGACAUUGGUAGCGGGGGCGAGGAGCAGAUGAGUCAGGAGGAAAGCUUGGAGGAUAUUGGGAAGUCCACUGAAUCUACAAGCCUCCUGCCUUCUCCAUCUCCUUCCAGCGUCCUAUCAUACUCCUUGCCCUCUUUCACACCACUGCCUUUGAACUUCUCUGGGCCAGGUUUGAGUCCAGCUCUGCAACCUCUGCCAAGUCAUUUACUUGAGAGGAUUGCUCUAAUUUCCAUUAAACGGUCAGUGGAACCCUCUGGUGACGGAUAUAUGCCAGUUCGACAGGAACAGAGCUAAAAACUGACAGCAGGCCUUACAGUAAAUGCUGUACAAUACUGUAUGUCGCUAGCCUGACAUCGCUAGACCAAAUCGCAAAUGUGUGUAGUCUGAAACCUCUCACUUCAUUUUCCAAUUUCCAAGGGGCGGUUUAAACUGAGGUAGACCAACAUGCCUCUGGACCUGAUUGGAUAGACUGACGUGAUGUAAGAGCGGUCAAAUGUGAACAGACUGCAGCAGAGCCAACUAGCAGAUGAAAGCACUGUUUAAAAAUAAAAAAUAGCAUUGCUCAGAUAUCUUGUUCUGUAGAUAUAAUACAUCUAUUCUCUCCAGCUUCUGGAAUGUAACAAAAUAUGAAUUAUUGGCAGUGAAAUAAUUUGUUACUUACUCAAUUUCAAACAUUUCUGUCAAAUAUACAGUGGUGGAGGUACUGAAUCUCAGUACUUAAGUAA